UUUUCGGCGCUUCAUAGGUAUCUACACCAAACCUGCAACCGUCCACUCGGACAACGGGACUAAUUUCGUGGGAGCCGAGAACGAGCUUAAUUCAUUUAUUCAAGAAUUGCCAAAGAGUGGAGCGUUUCAACAGUUCCUGAAGGUGAAAAAUAUCGACUGGCGUUUCCAACCUCCGCGUGCUCCUCACUUUGGAGGCGCACAUGAAAGUCUCGUUCGCUCAACAAAACGGGCGCUCUACCGGGCUCUGGAAAUCGAGAAGGCUGGUUUGCGGUAUCCGACAGAUGAAAUGCUUCGUACUCUAUUGGCAGAAGUUGGUGGGAUGCUUAACGCCCGUCCUCUAACUUACACCAGCACGGAUCCAGCGGAUUUUCGGCCUUUAACUCCAAACGAUUUUUUGAAUCGUCCGCCGACUUACGACUUACCGCCAGGAGAUUUCUCACACGCCCUGCCCCGGGAGCGUUUUCGAUAUGUGCAACGCACAGCUCAACUCUUUUGGGACCUCUGGACCAAAUUUUAUCUUCCAUCGCUCGUUCCGCGGAAAAAGUGGAAGACUAAACAGCAGAAUCUCGCUAUAGGAGACGUCGUGUUGAUGAUCGACUCCAAUCAGCCCCGCGGUCAAUGGAAGCUCGGACAUAUAAUCAAAACUUUCCCUGGAGAAGACGGCCUGGUCAGAGUGGUCGAGGUCCAAGCCGACACCGGAAUUUAUAAGAGAGCUGUUCAUCGCCUGUGUCUUCUAGAACGUGCGCCGAAGGAUUCCUCUACGAUCGAGAAUAGUCAAGCUGAUCCAGCGGAGGCGAGUAGGAAGAUCUCAACUGCUCAUUGUCAUCGCCUCAGAGCUUAUUAUUGUUCUAUUUCACCGUAACUGACUCAUCGAUGUUGCGUUUCGAUUCGGGGGAGAAUGUUCCGGCGAAAUUAUGUUUGUGUCGAUUUAUCGCAAUCUGGCAACACUCUUUUCCAUUUCUUUCCCGCUGUCAGAAAUACGCCCUAACAUUCGUCUGCCUCUCGUUUCUAUGUCAGGUUGUCAGAGUUUGAGUUCUUCUAAAUCACCGGCAUUUACGUUUCUUUCUGUGAUUUUGUUCCAUUUUUCUGUCUAACAGAGGUGAGAAAUGUCCCAUAUGUGUUUCCAUAUGUCUUGUACUAAUUAUCUAUAUCUGCAGCUCAACUGUCUUGAGAUAUUCUGCAUUCUGUCAGUUUAUUCCACUGUGUGAUUCGUUCUAUGGUCUACAAAGCUUGCAAGCAACUUAUGUUUUGUCCUUGCUUCGCAGGCACCAUCGUUAACUCUUACAGUCAUACUGCCAUUCUGGCAGACAAAUCUUUACUCACAAUACAUUGAAGAGAAAACCACUACCGGCCUAUGCUCUAAUUUAGCUCUUGAACAUUUGGUCCUUCGAACCGGAGCUUUAGUCAGUGAAGGUGGUGGCCAGCUUAUUCUUCAGCCAACAUCAUUCUGCUACACGAGUCCUGUAGCCAGACCACUACUGCCAGCAUUUACAACGUUGGCCUGUCAUCAUCCUGCUGUUCAAGUCCAUCGUGUGCAGCCAUUCUACACAGCCAACAUCUAUUGUUGGCCAGCCAUCAUCCUGCUACACGAGUCCUGUAGCCAGCCUACUACAGCCAGCAUUUACAACGUUGGCCAGUCAUAUCACUGCUGCCCAGUUCUUCAUGGUCAGCUGCUUCCCACAUUCGUCAUUGGUUCUUCAUCCUUCUACUGUCCAGGCCUUCGUGGUCAGCUUGCGUCAACCAACGCUUCCGUCAACGUGAGCUGUGUAUUUACUCCACCCAUAUGCCUUAUAUGAUUCAUCCAACUAGAUCAACCGAAGCCCAGGCAGCUCAUGCCCAAUCCGCUCAAGCCAAUUCAGCCAUGCCGAAUCCUGGUUUCGGAUCCAGCCAAGAAGAAGAAGAAGGUCGAAAGGUGAGCCCACCUGUUGGAGAUGUCGAGCUCACAAAGAAGAGGAGAACCACCGUCCGCCGUCAGAUCACCUCGACGAUUCGACAGAUUCGUGCCAGUAUCGAUCAGUGUGGAUCGCGUGGAAGUAUAGGUGGCCUCGUCAAACACCUCCAGAGCUUAGCAACAACAGCUACACUCUUGCACACUGACUUGCUAAUAGUCGAAGAUGCAAGUGAGACCGAAAGGCAAGAGGACAAACAUUUGAUGUAUGUUCAACAGAUAGGGGACGCGAUCGCCGAAGCUGAUGAACACCUGAAGUCAAGAGCUGACGAAGCCCCUUCGGUAGUGAACGGCGGACGCGCUAAGAGAGUGACAGAAGAGGAGAUUCGCGCAGCAAAGCAACUGAUCGAGCAGACCCGUACACUAGCAGAGCAGGCUCGAAAGCGAGCGGAGGAACUUCAGAUUCAACAACAACAAGCAGAGGAGGCUCUCCAAGAUCUACAGCAAGACGAUGCCAACCCCGACAACUUCUCUUCCGUAAGCAAUAGGGGCGGAUCAUUUACGAAAUUGGCAGCAGAUUGGAAACGAAAACAAGCUCAGCAGAAUACCGCUCCCGACGAUUGGAUUGACGGUUAUGCCAACGGAACAUUGAAACCUAUCUACACAGCUGGAUCCCGAUCGUCAGUGAAAGCAGACCUAGAGCCCUUUUCCGGAAGAUCCCUGGACUGGUUCGCGUGGAUCGACCUUUUCCGCGCUUUAGUUCACGACACAGCAAAAUCACCAGGGGAAAAGUUGGCGCUGCUUCAUCGUUACGUGAGAGGAGAUUGUCUCGACGUGAUCCAUGGCCUAGGAGGAGGAGAAGGAGCUUAUAUUGAGGCUCUGAUACGCCUCAAGGAGUCAUGUGGUCGGCGCGAUGUGAUGCGGGCCGCUCAUAUACAAGCCAUAGAAGGCCUCGAACUCAAAAACGAUCCCGCCAUCUUUAAAAGGUACGCUGAAAAGGUACGGACUCAUCUGUUUGACCUCUCUCGUAUCGGGGAGACGUCUUCUGCGGGAUUGAUUGAGAAGAUUUGCUUGAGGCUUCAGCUACACGACCGUCUAGCAUGGAACGAUGGCCGAAAAGGAGGUUUGGAGACAAGAAGCUUAAAUACGUUUGGAGUUUGGCUUUGUGAGAGAGCUGCUGCCUAUCAAAACGCUUACAGUAUAGCGGCUGAACAGACGACAGCGGCUCAGAAACCCAACGUACGCUUUGCUGCCCGUGCUAACCCAGUUUCUUCCAAACAAUCAUCCAUGCCACAAACCUCAUCGAAAUCCGCUUCACGCUCGUUUUGUUUCAAGUGUGAAGGUGAUCAUAAACUCGAGAUUUGCGGCGCCUUUAAAUCAUCUUCUGUAGGGGAUCGUGUCGGCUUCUGUGCAAAGCAUCGACUGUGUUUUGGUUGUCUGAAACCAAGACAUUCGAUCCGUUUCUGUCCUCAACGGAAGCCCUGUAGUCAAUCCGGCUGCACCUUGUUUCAUCACGCGCUACUACACGACGUCAAUCGAGCUAAUCCGGAUACUUCCAUCACUGCGCGCCCAGCUAGUCUACGCAGCGACAUCGGAAGCAAUCGAAGAGUGGCGAUGGGAAUGAUGCGACUCAAGAUACAAGAUGCAGACGGCCACUGGAUAACAGCGAAUGUUUUCGUGGAUGAAGGAAGCGACUCCACCUUGAUGCGGCAAGGAUUCGCCAAACUCCUGAAGCUUCGUGGCGCUCAUCACAUCCUUACCGUCGUCGGAGCCGGGAACGUCAUCAACCAUUACCCCUCCCAGCGAAUCAGUUUCGGCAUUAGAGACUCAGAUGGAUCUAUCGUCACCAUUACCUGCUCAACGUUACCAACCGUUGCCAGUGAUACACCUGUAACCGAUUGGCCAGUUCUAAAGAAACGUUGGAGCCAUCUAGCUGAUCUACCAGUGACGAUGACAGGUGGUAAAGUGGACAUAUUAAUCGGUACUGAUCGUUCUCCUCUCGUCACAGCAUUGGAAUCAAGAAUUGGCGGUGAUUAUGAACCUACGGCAGUCCGAAACCGGUUCGGGUGGUUGAUCCGAGGAGUGGUGCAGGAUGGAACCACAAUCACAGCUGUCAGAACCAACACCAUCAUCGGAUCGACCCAAUUGGCUCAACUUACCGACGUGAUGAGACAAUUCUGCGAGACAGAAAAUUUCGGCACCGAAUAUCAAGUCGCCGGGAUGUCGGAAGAUCAUCGAAAGGCCGUCUCAAUUUUAGACGGUGAAACCCGGAAGUUGAAUGUGGGAUAUGAAGUGCCCAUUACGUGGCGAGAAGGGGAGCCGAAUUUAAUGUGCAAUCGUCGGAUGGCCGACGAUCGGUUCAAGAGUCUGCUGCGCCGAUUUGAACGUGAUCCAGAGUUCGAAGCCGAUUACAGAAAAGCCAUGCAGAAGAAUUUUGAAAAGGGCUACGCAUCUAUACUAUCCGGUAUAGCUGCAGAAGAAGCGAAAUACUUCCUUGCGCAUCAUGGAGUGUACAAGGGUCCGAAGCUUCGUGUAGUUUUUGACGCUGCGGCGCCCUUUAAAGGAAAGUGUUUAAACGACGCCAUACUGAGUGGACCAGCUUUACAACCAGUGUUACCGGCCGUAUUGACCCAGUUUCGAGAGAGGGAGAAGUAG